AUGACCGUGCCGUCGCUGGACCCCGCCCGGAGCUACCUCGACCCCGCCUCCCCGACGUCGCGUCGCCGGACCGCCCGUCUUCGUCCUCCUCCACGACCGGCCUCCUCAUGCCUCGCCGCCCCGCUUCUCUUCAACGCCGGUGAGGCCAUCGGCCUCCUGCUCCCCUGCACUCCAUCAUCGAUCCGACCACCGCGCCGGCGCACGCCCCUGACCACCGCCCCGUACGCGCACCAACCGCGCUCACCGCAGUCUCAUCCCGCCCGGCGUGCCGUCGCGCGCGCCCGCAGCCGCGCCGAGCCACACCCGCCGUGCUGCUCCUCUCCGUUGUGCUUGCAUCUGCCGUGGCCCGCACCGCCGCAACCUCCCCUGCUGCCUCCGCCGCCUGCCUCACGCUCCACCCCGCGGCAGACGCCCUGCUCCGCCUACCCCGCCGCCGGCCUCGACCAUGGCCUCGCCGGGGCCAGGUCCGGCCACCGCGCCCCUGCCCCUCCCCUGUGCGCGAUCGUGCACAGGAGGGAGGUGGCCUGA